AUGGUGUUGCCAAAGGCCAGGGCUUUCCUAUGGAUUGUGCUUCAUGAAAAGAUACUAAUGGGGGAUAGACUUAAAGUCAUUGGAAUUCAAGGACCAAAUUGGUGUUUCCUUUGUAAGUCUGAAGAAGAAACAUCAAAUCAUCUCCUCUACAAAUGCCCAUUCUCAGAAGCCUGCUGGAAUUGGUAUUUGGAUAUGGUCGGUUUGAGCUUAGCAAAGAAUGAAACUUUGAAAGAUUUCUUGAUUGCUUGGCCUUCUUCAAAAUCAUCGAAAUGGAGCACGUUAUGGAUAAUUAGGCUAGCAAUGAUCGCAUGGCACAUAUGGAAGGAAAGGAACAAAAGAAUAUUCAAGGAAGUGGAAAGAUCACUGGAAGCUGUCAGGGAAGGUAUUAAAAUCGCAAUUGAAGAAGUCGUCAAUGGAAAAUCACUAUCAGCUAGAUACGUCAAGUUAACGGAUUGGGAUAAAGAGAUGGAAAAGAAGUGGGAGUUCAAGAGAAUUGAUAUAAACCAAGCUAAAAAGGCUGUUGACAGGAAAGCAUUCAUUGGAAGAGACCCCCCAAAGGGUGGGUAA